UGCUUUUAAAGGAGAAUAUGCAAGUUUAGACUGGAUACUUUAAAAAAUUGGGAUUUCCCCCCCCCCCACACACACACAUACACACUUCUAUUGUGGUAAAAUGAAGCUUAUUAAAGUCAUUUGAAGAAUGUAAAUAACAUCUUUCAGAAUGAGGAUAUUUGUCGCUUUUGAAGGGCUCUGUGAAUCUUUUGACAUUUCACCAGAGAAUACUGUACAAGACGUAAAACUGAUGAUAAAGGAUUAUUUUCAUGUUCCACUUUCUGAAGACAAACAAGGGAGGAGAUACUUGGAGCUGAUAUUUGCAGGAGCAGUGCUAAAGGACAACUGGGUACUUGCUGAUGUAGGCAUUACAGUUUCUUCCUCAAUUAAAUGUGUCAUCAAGGAAGAAGACAAGCCAAUUUUCUAUGUAUACAACCCAGUCACUCAUGAAAGAUUGCCCAUAAUGGGAAGGAUUUAUCUUCUUUCAUCAAAGGUUUCAGAACUGAAAACUUUAGUGACAUUGAAAUGUGGUUUUCCAAGUAGCAUUUAUUGUCUCAGGACUCCAGAGGGCAGGGAGAUGUUUGACUGCAAUACUCCGAAUGAUUAUCACUUAGAUAUAGGCACAACUCUUCGUUUGGAUGUUUGGAAUGGAUGGAGAGAAUUCUUAACCAGCUGUAUCCUGGGAAACAAACCAAAAAUCCAGUAUUAUCUGUCAAAGGAAGAACCAAUACUCAGAUAUCAAAAGAGAGUAGCUCUUUAUAUAGCAGCCUUUUUCGGACACCUUCAGGUUUCAAUCUGGCUCUUGAAAAAGGGAAUGAAGCCCACUGAAACAAUUGGUGUACAUCCUUAUCGUGAAUGGUGUCAGGAAGACGAUCAUUCUGACAACAUGAAAUGUCCUGUUCAUGCUGCAGCAGAAGCAGGCCAACUUAUGAUACUGAAAGCAUUUGUUAAUUUCAGUGCCUUAUCCCUUGAAUGCCAAAAUUCUGCAGGGCAAACUCCAUUGCAGUUAUGUAUCCAGCACAGGCAUAAAGAUUGUGUGUUGUAUUUAGUCACCAAGUUAUGGUCAGUGGUUUCUUAUCCUACAUUCUCUCUGCCCAUGAAAAUCUAUAUUAAACUAAAGCUGUGGCUUCUUAAAUCUCAAAAUAACAUCAAUUCAAUCAAGAAGGGAAACCCUGCUGCAGUCUUCAGAACACAAGUUGGGGACGCUGUCUUUGUGGAUGGUUUCACAAAACCAGAAAUGACCUCCAAAGGUUUUUGCUCAGCCAUGAUCAAACAUGCAAGUAGCAGAGGUUGCACACUGCCAGAUUUAAAUAAUCGGUUUCAACAUGAGCAAUCUCAGUACCAUUUGACCAUAUCUGAUAUGUGCCUCAAAGCGAAAAACGUUAGAUUACCUCCACUGGCAGGUGCAAAGAAGAGAGGUAGCAAAGAUGGACACGGGCAAAAAAGGAAGCCUACAAAGAAGAACACACGGCUUAGUGAAGAAUAUAUGGACCAAAAUAUGUGUUUAGCAAGAGUUCCUCUACCUUCUAAUUCUCUCCUCAAGCCAGCUUACUAUUAUUCCAUACCUAAUGUAGAGUUUCUGCUAAAUCCUUCCCUGGAGUCAUUUUCACAAUACUGUGGAAGAACUCCAAGAGAGAAUGCAAUCUACUGCUUAGCCAUAGCCAGUGAAUUUAAAGAGAAGCCUUGGUUGCAACAAUUGGACAUUGCAAGAACCCUAGCUAGAAAAAGUAUAUGUAAACCCACAUACUAA